UGUCAAACUUAAAAGAAGAAGAAAAAAAAGCUGCAUUUUUUGGAUCUUUACUUUUGAAUUCUUACCCAUAAUUAAGAUUAUGUUGAGCAGAACAAGUUAAUCUUUCGGGUGGAUGAAAUAUGGGAUCCAACAAGAUUAUUGAUUCCGAUUUUCAGGGUGCAGGAUCGAAGCUCGGCUUAGAAAUAUGGUGUGUAGAGAACCUUCGUUUGGUUUCAGUGCCACAAUCUUCACAUGGGAAGUUCUUUUCUGGGAGUGCAUAUGUAGUUCUUCAUACAACUCUGUUAAAAAGUGGUGCUCUUCAGCAUAACAUACAUUACUGGCUGGGAAAGGAUGCCAAUGAGGUUGACUCAGCUUUGGCAUCGGACAAAACACUCGAAUUAGAUGCAGCCUUGGGGUCUCAGUCUGUGCAAUAUAAAGAAGUUCAAGGUCAAGAAACUGGGAAAUUCUUGUCAUACUUUAAACCGUGCAUCAUCCCAGUCGAGGGUGUAUAUUCUUCAGGGCAAGUACAUUUAAGUGGUCCUGCUUAUAAAACCAGAUUGUUAACAUGCAAGGGAGAUCGUGUGGUGCAUGUGAAAGAAGUGCCUUUUGCACGGUCAUCCUUGAACCACCGUGACGUGUUCAUACUUGACACCGCAUCCAAAAUUUUUCACUUCAGCGGAUGUAAUUCCAGCAUACAGGAAAGAGCUAAAGCUUUGGAGGUGGUUCAGUAUAUUAAAGAAUAUAAACACAAGGGGGAUUGCGAAGUCGCAGCCAUAGAGGAUGGAAAAUUUGUUGGUGAUGCUGAAGUGGGGGAAUUCUGGAAUUUUUUUGGUGGUUAUGCUCCCAUUCCCAAGGACCCACCCUCGGGCCAACAACAGGCUCAAAGUUUAGUCGUUAAGUUAUUUUGGAUAUCACUUCAAGGAAAGUUUACCCAAAGUGGAAGUGGGAGGUUGAAAAGGUCGAUGCUUGAAUCUAAUAAAUGCUACAUGCUGGAUGGUGAUAUUCAGAUUUUUGUAUGGAUGGGAAGAAUUACGUCAAUUACAGAACGGAAGACUUCAAUCUCAGCGGCCGAGGAUUUCCUCCGUGCUCAGGAAAGACCCGUAAAUACCCAUUUAGCCUUUUUAACGGAAGGAUCAGAGACCACCCAAUUCAAGUCAUAUUUUGCUGAUUGGCCUCAAACAGUGGAGCCAAAGCUUUACGAAGAAGGUCGUGGGAAAGUAGCAGCAAUGUUCAAGCAAACAGGUUAUGAUGUGGAGGAGCUUCCUGAUGAAGAGGACAAGUCACAUAUGGAUUGCAAUGGUACACUAAAGGUUUGGAGAGUGAAUAGUGGUAAACUCUCCCCAGUUCCAGUCGUAGAACAGAGAAAGCUUUAUAGCGGUGACUGCUAUGCCGUGCAGUACACAUAUGCUGCCAAUGGAAGAGAGGAGCGUCUUUUCUAUAUUUGGCUGGGAAAUAAGAGUUCAAUGGAAGAUAGGGAUGAUGCAAUAUCUCUGACAAGUGGUGUUGUUGAUUCAGCUAAAGGAGACCCAGUUUUGGGUCGGAUUGUCGAGAACAAGGAACCUUCUCAGUUUUUUAUGAUAUUUCAGACACUAAUCAUGUUUAAGGGUGGAAUGGGUUCACGAUACAAAUCCUAUAUUACUGAGAACGGCCUUGAUGAUGAAACUUAUAAUGAUAAAAAGACCGCCCUUUUUCGUGUCCAAGGAACAAAUCGUCAAAAUAUGCAGGCUGUCCAAGUUGAUCAAGUUUGUCGAUCUUUAAAUUCUUCAUGCUGUUACAUUUUGAAAGCUCAGGGAUCUAUCUUCACCUGGCUAGGAAAUCUCUCCACUACUCGCGAUCAUGAUCUUCUGUACGGAAUGUUAGAUUUGAUAAAUCCAACAUGGCAACCUAUAUUAGUUAGGGAAGGUAGCGAACCCGAUAUUUUCUGGGAGGCACUCGGUGGGAAGACUGAAUAUCCAAAGGAGAAAGAGAUUAAAAGAUUUGUUGAAGAUCCGCAUUUGUUUGUUUGUACAUUCACCGAAGAUGCCGUUUCUCAAUCAAGUAAUCUGAAGGUGAAAGAGAUAUUUAACUUCGGUCAGGAUGAUUUAACUACCGAAGAUGUCUUAGUACUCGACUGCUCCACUGAAAUUUUCGUGUGGAUAGGCCACAGUUCACUUGUUAAAUCAAAGCAACAAGCCCUUUCUAUAGGACUGGCAUUCCUUAAGAAAGACAUUUUGGGAGAAUGCUUAUCCAUGGAUACUCCCACAUACAUUGUUACAGAAGGGCAUGAACCACCUUUUUUCACUCGUUUUUUUGAAUGGGAUGCUUCAAAGGCAAACAUGCUUGGCAACUCAUUUGAGAGAAAGCUUGCUAUUCUAAAAGGGCAAUCGCAGAAACUCGAAUCACCUUUAAGAAAUUCACCACACGUUUAUUCCAAAGAGACCACUCCAAAUGGCUUCAGAAGACCCUCUCCAACUCCAAACGGUUCGAGAAGACCAUCUCCCACUCCCAAUGGCUCAAGAAGACAGUCUCCAGCUCCUAACGGAUUGACCCGAAGACAGUCUCUUGAUUCCUACACGUUCAGAUCUCCCACAUUUUCAAGUCCAGAUAAUACCACUAGCAAUCGUCGAUUUUCAAGUCCAAUUCCCAGAAUGAGCCCAUCUGCAAGUUCCCCUGAUGUUCGCACUGCAGAUCAUGCACCAGUUUCUGCAAGUCCUUCAACAGAAGCAGAAAACCUUCCCUCCAAAGAUUCGGGUCCUAAGCAGGAGUUGGUCAACUAUCCAUACGAUCGGGUAAAAAUCAACUCAAACAAUCCGGUUCCAGAUAUAGACAUUACAAAGAGAGAGGCCUAUCUAUCCGAAGAGGAGUUCCAAGAGAAAUUUGCCAUGCCGAAAAGAGCUUUUUACCAACUUCCGAGAUGGAAACAAAACAAACUAAAGAUGUCCCUCUUUCUCUUCUAAAUUUUAUAAUAAUGAAUGCUUUGUAAUAAGGUCUAAUGUGUAGUUAAGCGUGAUUGAACGAGAGUAGUAUUAGAAUGAAUGAAUAUAUUGUAACUCAUUUGUUGUUUGUAUGUUUUGAUGCUUACAAUGUAUCCGAGAGCCAAAGAUGACAAAACUGAUGUGGUUUGAGUAAACUUAAAUUCAAAUUCAGUGUAAGAACAGAUUUAUUAUA